ACACAGAGCUGCCAAGUCUCCCGGAUCCUGCGGGAGACUCCCGGAUUUUGACCCAAUAUCCCGUUUUCCCGACCCCAUGCAAAAAUCUCCCGGAUUUCCAGAUUUUAAGUUGUAUUAUUUUCAUAAACGACUGUUUCACAAGACUAGCAUGUUGAGUUCGUACGUACGUAUACAAACACACGGCAAUUCUGUAAUAUGAAUUUUCCUGUUAUCCAGUCGUCGAAUAUAAAUUUACCGUGAUAUCGUACUUUAUUUAACAGCGUAAUAAAUGAGAGUUACGCCGAACGACUGGCGGGCUAAUCUAACAAACCAUUGGGAACAUGUGAUAAUGUGAGUGGUGUUUGUGUGAUAGCAAUUCGCCUGCUUGCUCUGCCGGGCGGCUUCCUCGCCGGCCCCCGUAGCGUCCCGGUACGUUGGUGCCGGUUUCCGAUCGGUCGCGUCAGAGCAGCCAGAAGUUGCACUGAUACAACAAGCAGACUUUGUCUGCUGCGAUCGGCCCAAAAAACUGCACAUUUCAACAUCAGUUUUUGGAUUGAUUUGGGGACUUUUGCGAUGUGAUUUUUAAGUGGAUUAUCAUUUGAUACCAACAUGGCAGUGUUACUGCAGAGUGGAUUUUGAAGCCGACUUUUUUUUCUGAUCUCCUUUGCCGUUGGGAACGCAUCGAUAUAACUUACAUCUUCCGAAGGCGUAAGUCAACUUUGUCCAAAACAAGGCUGUAUUUUGCUCUCUGUUUGAGUAUUAAAAUAUCAUCCAGGACAAUGUCGAAGUCGAAAUAUUAUCAGAAAUAUAAAGAUGACUACCACUUGGAAUGGCCUUGUGUUGGGAAAUCUACGAAAGGCGAAUACUACGCAUUUUGUACAGUUUGCGGCGCAGAUAUCUCCAUCAAGAGUGGGGGAAGAAAUGAUGUAUUUCGCCACAUCACAUCUGACAAACACAAGCAAACCGCGAAAGCAAGGGGCAAUACAAAAGGAAUACAGAGCUUUUUCAGGUCAGCAGCUGGUGAUGACAGUGCAACCAAGGCCGAAGCUCUGUUUACAGGCUUUCUGGUAGAGCACAAUUUACCAGUUGCUGCUUCAGAUCACGCUGGCCCCAUUUUCAAGAAAAUGUUUCCCGACUCGAACAUUGCUACCAAGUACGGUUCUGCAAGAACCAAAACUUCGUCAAUGAUCCAUGCGAUGAGCAAGAAUACAUCUGCCUUGAUUGCUGAAGAGGCUCGGAAUUCGGUUUUCAGCUUGGCGACUGAUGGGUCAAAUGACGGCGGCUCUGAACAGCUAUAUCCCGUGCUACUUAACUAUUUUGAUGAAACAAAAGAAAAAGUUGUUCAGGCAUUGUUAAGCUUGCCUGCACUUACAGAUGGUGCUUCAACAGGGGAAAACAUAUUCCAGCUUCUCAAUAGAGAACUGUCAAAGGAAAAGAUUCCAUGGAGCAACUGCAUAUCCUUUGUUGCAGACAAUGCAUCCGUAAUGCUAGGUAGACACAAGGGUGUAGCGGCCUUUAUACAGAAGGAACAUUCUGAAUGUUAUGUCGUAGGAUGCCCAUGCCACAUGGCGCACAAUACAGCUGAGAAAGCCUCUAAAGCGCUUCCAAUAGCCAUUGAUGAACUACUCAUUGACAUUUACUACUAUCUGGAUAAGAGUAGUAAGCGCCAGAAAGCUUUAAAAUCUCUACAGAUUUUGUGUGAUACUGGUGUUCGGAAGAUUUUGAAGCAUGGAGCAACUCGAUGGCUUUCUCUCGGGCUAUGUAUUGACAGACUUUUGUCACAGUGGCAACCACUGCAACUCUUUUUUAAAGAAGAGAUGAAGGGUAGCACAAUGACCAGAAGACCAGUUUCAACAAAGACAGGACCAUUAGCUGAGAAGACUGCCAAGGCAUCUAGCACAUCAACCAACCUGUUAAGGGGGAGCAUCAGUUCUGGGCCAGCUGCACCAAAGAAAGGACCAUCUGCUGAGAAGACUUCCAAGUCAUCUAGCACACCAAAGAAAGGACCAUCUGCUGAGAAGACUUCCAAGUCAUCUAGCACACCAAACACUUCGAUGUCUGCACCAAAGAAAGGAUCUGCUGAGAAGACUUCCAAGUCAUCUAGCACAACAAGCACUUCGAUGUCUGCACCAAAGAAAGGACCAUCUGCUGAGAAGACUGCCAAGUCAUCUAGCACACCAAGCACUUCGAUGUCUGCACCAAAGAAAGGACCAUCUGCUGAGAAGACUUCCAAGUCAUCUAGCACACCAAACACUUCGAUGUCUGCACCAAAGAAAGGAUCUGCUGAGAAGACUUCCAAGUCAUCUAGCACAACAAGCACUUCGAUGUCUGCACCAAAGAAAGGACCAUCUGCUGAGAAGACUGCCAAGACAUCCAUUACAUCAACCAGCUCGUUGACAGCUACAUCAAAGCAAUACUCAUCGGUUUCAAGGACUUUGAAAAGGAAAUCAAGCGGGCCUCAGGGUGCAUUACCUGCCAAGCGACCUGUUCUGAAAGCUGGAACCUUGACUGCACCAAUUCUUCAGGAAUCACGUCUGGUCAGAGUCCAUCGUUUGCUGAUAUCACCCCAAACCAAACUGUAUUGUUACUUCCUCAAAUACAGUAACAAGAUCUUUGAUGACAUCAACCUACUCCUACAGAGAGAAGAACCCUGCAUUCACAUUCUUAAUAAGCAGCUUAAUAAAACCUUCCAAGAUAUGCUUGUUAGAUUCGUGCAGCCAACAGUGAUUGUUGAAUGUUCUGAUGUCAAGAAAGUGCAGUAUGGUAAGAGAGAUUGCCAGAAGUCAGAUAAAGAUCUAAUGAUUGGAAAAGAUGCCAAGGAAUACCUGGAGAGUACAACAAGCCCAGAAGAUGAUUCUCCCCUUCGUCUUACAGAUGCUGAUUUGACAUACUUCUACUUGUCGGUGAGGAAGUAUUAUGAAUCAGCAUGUGACUAUGCCUUGAAAACCUGGCCACUAGAUGUUAAGUUCCUUAAGGAGGCUGAAGUGAUUGAUGUCAGUUCCAGAAGAGAUGUGUCAUUUUCAUCUGUGCAAUACUUUGUUGAAAAGUACCCUUGCAUUUUGAACAGACAAUCAGAGAAUGGAGACCUGGACAAGCUUGAGCUGGAAUUUGCACAAUACCAGGUUGAAGACUUUUCAGGGGAACCAGAGAUCCUGAACAAAAACUUGAGAAUAGACAAGAAAUGGUCUGCAAUUUCAAAGAUGGAGGAUGGCAAUGGCUCAAAGAAAUACACACUUCUGAGCAAAGUGAUGAAAUCUUUGCUUGUGAUACCACAUUCCAAUGCUUCAUGUGAAAGAGUUUUUAGCAUUGUUAGGAAGAACAAAACUGAUUUCAGGGGAUCAAUGAAUUUGAAAACACUUCAAGCACUCCUAACAGAGAAAAUUGCCAACACAGAUGUCCCAUGCUACCAAAGGGAGUAUAGCAAGGACCUCCUUAGCAAACUCAAGCAAGCAACCUACCAGUCACUUCAAGGAAAACCCUCAAGCACACCCCAGUCCUUGCCUUCCACAAGUACAUCCCCCAUUUCACAAUAGAGGUAACAGGAGUUCAUAGUCUGAAAUAUGAUGUGAAGUUCAUAUGUUAUCAAUUGUAUGCAAAUAAAAUGUGCCAUAUCAAAGCCUUCCAUUUUGAGAAA